UGGCAAUCCUGUCACCGGUCGUUGCUUGCUGAAGAAGUUCACAGCUGAGCAUAAUGUUGUCAAGAUUAGCUGCUCGUUCAAGUUCUGUAGCAGUCCGGUUGGCACACACAAGCAGUAGUGCCAGUCAGGCAGCUGCUAGUGCCACUCCGGCCACCACCAAUGAGGAGCGCAAUGAAGUUGACUUCCCCCGCACCAAGAGGCCUAUCCACCCAGCACCUGUGCGUAUGGGAUUCAUUCCUGAGACCUGGUUUGAGCUCCUUUACUCAAAAACUGGAGUGACAGGUCCUUAUGUUCUGGGUACCGGUCUCAUCACCUACUUGGUCUCAAAGGAAAUUUAUGUCAUUGAGCAUGAGUUCUACUCUGGCGUGAUCAUGGCCAUGAUGGCUGCGUAUGGCAUCAAGAAGUUUGGUCCUACUGUUGCUGCCACCUUGGAUGAUCAAUUAGCUAAAGAAAAAGAGGAGAUGUUGAGUGGACGUAACAACACAAUCAAGGCUCUCACUGAAGGCAUUGCUGCGUCUGAACUGAGCGCUGAGCAGGCCAAGGGACAGUCUCUUCUAUUCCAGGCCAAGCGCGACAACAUCGGCCUGCAACUUGAGGCUGCCUACAGGCAACGUCUUCAGUCCGUCUAUGCUGAGGUGAAGAAGCGUCUUGACUAUCAGCUGGAGAAGUCCAACGUGGAGAAGCGCUUCGAGCAGCGCCACAUGGUCGACUGGAUUGUGCAGAACGUACGGCAGUCCAUCACUCCUGCUCAGGAGGCCGCGUCGCUCAAACAGUGCAUCACCGACCUUAAAGCUCUUGCUGCCAGGGCAUAGAUUCUUCACCAUCUCCCGUACUUUACGUGUAGAGAACAGCUGCUUGAGGAUACUAAACUUAUUCCGAUUGGAUGUCUCAGAUUGAGCUGAAUUUUGGUCGUCGUUAAACUUGAUAAUUGAGUACAUAAAUUCAUUGCUUGAUUGAUAAGUAAUUUACAAUGUUGAAAUUAGUCAGAAAUUCCCCAGCAAGUUCUUUUUAUUGAGGCAAUGGCAACACUGUUAAAAAGAGUUGUAAAUAACCGUUUUCAUCUCCCGUAUGGUUUGUGAACAUAUAAAUCUUGUUCUAUCAUUUAUUUAAUACAAAAAGUGAAUAA